AUGUUUGUGAACUGUCAAAGUUUUGGUGAAGAUUUUCAGUUUCCUGAACUGACUAAUGGGGCAGUAGGAGGAAGUGUAAAGUUUACACCUAAUAACUUACCAUCAGAGAUUGAUACAGUUACCUGGCAAUUUGGACAAACUUUUAUAUUGUCUGGAAACCCUGAUACAGCCUCAAUAGUCUCAGCAUAUAAAAACAGAUCCAGUUUUGACAAAAACACUCUUGCUCUGGAGCUCUGGAACCUAAAACUGGAGGAUGCUGGACCAUACAGUCUGACUGUUAUUAGUAAUGGAAAUCAACAUAGAGGAGAAACUUCACUACAGGUGUUCGAAACGAUAUAUCAUGUCACUGUUACUGGUCCACAAACUGAAGCAUUAAUCGAGGGUGAAUCAUCUGCCAACUUCACCUCUGAGGGAAGCGGAGGCACCAUCACCUCUGUGCAGUGGAUGAAAGACAACAGUCCUCUGUCUCCUAAUAGCAGAAUCAUCUUUUCUUCUGAUAACAGAUCAGUGUCAAUCAGUCCAGUGCAGAGAUCAGACACUGGAGAAUAUCUCUGUAUAUACAGUAACCCUGUCAGCUCUGCAAGUAACUCACAACCCCUGAUCAUCAAUUAUGGACCAGAUGAUGUUUCUAUUACAGGUCCAGAUGUGGUGGAUUUAGAGGUUCAAGUGUCUCUGUCUUGCUCUGCAAAGUCUGAACCUUCUGCUUCAUUCAACUGGACGUUUAAUGGGUCAGACACUGGUGUGAAUACAGACAAUUUCACCAUUGAAAAGACAGACUUCACAGACAGUGGAGAAUACAUCUGUACAGCCUAUAAUAAAGUCACAAAGAGAAAAGAUUUGAAAAUACAUCCUUUACAAGUUCAAGAGGGUGGUGAAGCGGGUUUAGGAGGAGGACUGUCAGCGGGAGCAAUAGCAGGGAUUGUCAUUGGAGUUUUAGUGGCAGUUGGAGGCAUCUGUGGUCUUAUUGUCUACUUAACAAAAACCAACAAAAUCCCAAAACUAAGUUAUCAAUCAAAAGGAAACACAAGUGGAGCUCAAAGAGGACAAGAUGCUGAGCUGAACUAUGCAGACAUCAGCCAUUUUCAGAAGAACAGUGGAGAGAGAGUGGUUUUGGGAGAUGUGAAUGAACCGAGAACGGAGUAUGCAGAAGUACGGCAUGGAUCAAAGUUGAGGGCUCCUCCACCUCCAUAUGGAAGUCAGGUAUCAAACCCUCCUCCUGUGCGCAGAGACUCACAACCUCUACUGUCACCUCAAGAGGAUGGUGCUCAUGUAUGAUUUCAUCCCUGUACCCCAUUUAUGAGCACAUAAAAUUACUGUAUUACAACCUACACCUUGAUACAACCGUUCCUGAGACCUCAUUUAUAAAAUGUUGCCUAAAAAUCCUUCAUUUGAUUUAAGAUCUCUUCUCGAAUGUGCAAAAAUGGUUUAGAUAAACACAAGUACACUCUCAGAAAUAAAGGUACGUGAGCUGUCACUGGAGUGG